UUUCUUUAAUAACUUGAAAUUCCAAUGACAAGUUAUUUUUUUAACGCGAUUUUAAAGUCCAAUUUACUUUUAACUUGACCUGAUUAACAUUUUAAUUUUUGUCUUCCAAAGUCGAAUCUACACAAACUCUAAAAUUUUAACUAAAAUGGACUCUACUUCACAACAUUAUAACACAACACAAAAAGAUACAACGGCACGGAAAGAUACAACGGGACAGAGAGAUUUGGGUUCUCAGAGAGAAUUGAGAAGUUCUCGGAGGGAUUCGACGAGAUCACAGAAGGAGUUGUUAGGUGAAACUUCGAGAGUUAGUUCGAGAUCGGUUUCAUAUUCAGCUGUGACGAACGCUUCUUUACAGCUUUUAAAGGCUGAUUUCAUCUCCUACGCUCUGUUAGUUCAGGGCAAGUACUUUAAAAAUAUUUCACAGAAAUCUUAUAACUCCUCGAAAUCUUGUAAAUCCGAACCUACAACCGCUAGAACUGAUUUUAACACACAAUCCAACACACAAAAUUUAACAAACCCACUCAAUAAAUCUGAUUCUAAAUCUGCGAAAUUCGAUCCUAAAUAUGAUAAAUUCGAUUCUAAAUCUGCAAAAUCGGAUCCUAAAUCAUCACAACUAAGUCCUGAGGACACUAAAUUAACUACUAAAAACAGUAAAUUGAGUUAUAAAAUUCAAAGAUCAAGUCCGAGAGAACUUAAGGUCCCAAAUUCUGGGUCAAAAUCCCCUCAAAAUGACCCGAAAUCUGACACUAAAACGCCAAAAUUAAGUGCGAAUUCGUUGAAAAAUUUACCGUUUAAUCCCAAAUUAUGUUAUUUUAACGGAUUAAACUGUCAGAAACACAGUUACUUGAGCUUCUUCAGUGGGUUAGAUUUAUUCGUAAAUUCUGAGCGAUUUGAUGAAAUAUUCUCACAGUUUGAGAAUUACGUGAUAAAAUUAUUCUCAGUACAUCCCACUGUGGGCUCUACACGUCGUGGCGGUUACAUCGACGACGACAAGGCGAUCACGUCAAUGCUCAACUACAUCCGCUCAUAUGAAAGUUCGUUACACCUUUUAUCACAAAAACAAGGUCAAUAUUUUUAUAUAUCACUUUUCCUGCUGGUUGUACUGUUGAGAAAUUUGCGGCGGCUACUACACCACUAUAGAGCUAAUUCCACACUUUUAGAGUUACUUUUAAUCCUAGUUGAGGGCGUUUAUCUAUGCCAAAAUCAUCUCUACAAAUUCUUUACCCGGAGUCAAUCUCACGUGUUCCAGGAGAAGAUGAAAUUCUAUGACCCAAAUGAGAAAAAUUAUAAACAACUAAACACCAAAGAACUGCUGAAAACGCUUAAUGAAAAUUGUAACCAAUGUAGAAACUCAAUUUAUAACACUUGCAAAACCGAAACCACACAAUUUUAUACUUCACAGCCCAAGCUAACAAUCGGUAAAUUUGAUGAUACCACAGAUAUAGAGAAUCAAGAUGUGUUAAUGGAGACCCGGGAUAUGUCAAUAAAUAUGGAUACUCAAGAUGUGUUAAUAGAGACUCAAGACAUGUAUGGUUCAAAUCCUGUGUGCACUGACACUGUGGGAACUCAGGAAAAGGUUGAACAUACCUCGCGUCAGCAGGAUCCAUUGGAGCAAUCACACCAAUUAGCCGAGGAUAUGUCAGAAUUACCAACGGCCAGAGGUGAAAUUACUUCAUUUUAUGGUAAAAUUACUUCAUUUUAUGGUAAAAUUUGUUCAGUACCAACGGGUAGUCAGGCCGACCGGAGUUUGGAGUAUGAUUUAGUUGAGAUUUCGGAGUUUUCAGACCUUAAUUUUCUGCUUGAUGAUAAGGUUUCCGAGUGGAUUUCAGAGCUUUGUACUCUGGCCAGUUUCUACUGUAAAUUGGGAAAUGAGCCGAUUCUACUCAGCAGUCAGUUCCUCAAACACACAACUCAUUGCGCCACAGUACUCCCCAAACUAUCAAAAUAUUCAUUUACAAACCUUUCAUUCGGCCGUAUCUUACAUUUAAAACUGCUAAAUUCUCUUUAUUAUCUCAGACUCUCUUCUAACCUCAAGGAAACCCCCUACAGACCCAAUCAAGCACUAAGUAAAACUACUCCAACUACUCAGGAAGAAAAUAGGAAGAAGAGAUACACCCGAUGGUCGGAUGACGAAGUUGAUAUUUUGGUGACGGCCAUUAACAGGCAUGGGAUUGGGAACUGGUCCUUUAUUACCAGGGCUUACUUUUUAGGCACAAAGUCUCCCAUGCAACUGAAGGAUAAAUGGGCUAAUCUGACCCGUUACAGCCACGUUAAACAAGUUGAACCGCCAAAAACCAAACCGCCAGAAAUUAAAACAUGGACUCUCGUACACACACAUAACUAAUCUUAUACCAUCAUA